AUGAAGACCACUAACCGCUCUGAUGAGUGGAAGAUUGAACAGGGCCUUUCAGGGGCCGUACUCCCGGUCCUCGACAUGACGGGCCCCGAGACCAAGGCCCUACCUCCUCAGACCUUCGGGCCACCUACCAAGGAUGAAAAGGCGCUCGCUGAGAUUGGCAACCAAGAGAAGCUCUUUGCUGCCGAGCGUAAGGGCUGGGUUGGUUACGUUGAAUGGGAAAACUACCCUGACAAGAAAGCUAUCGCGCACAAAAUCCUAACGUCUCAGACGUUCCACCCCAACCCGGAGUACCAGCUGGGUCCGAUUCCCGCCACCAACCCUGUCCUCCCCGGCACCAACUGGAAAAUGUGGCACCACGCCAUCGGCGGGGAGCUCACAAAGGUCCCUGACGACUCGUGGGAUAUUGUCCUGAAGGAGAAGCACCCGGACAUGCUCCACUUGCUCCAGUUCCCCUACAACGGAGAGCCGCCCAAGCGGCUGGUGACCGACAAGGAGAUCACCCCGAAUUCGCUCCACUUUGUCAGGAACCAUGGCGGGAUCCCCAUAAUCGACAAGGAGGAGUACAGCUUCCUACUGGACGGCCUCGUCGCGAACCCCCGGUCCUUCACCCUAGACGACAUCAUGGAUGAGUCCAAGUUCCCGCGCUUGGAGAAGACGGUCACGAUGCAGUGCUCCGGGACCCGCCGCAUCGAGCAGAUCCUCAAAUAUGCCGGCCAGGGCGACGAGGUACCCCAGGCGCCGUGGGCCGAGGGAGCCAUCGGGACCGCUCGGUACGUUGGGAUCAGCCUCAAGAAAGUCAUCAAGGCCUGCGGGGGCUUGGUCGAUGGCGCCAAACACCUAGAAUUUUACGGCGCCGACACCUACUUCAAGGACAACGAGACGAUGAACUACCUCGUCAGCGUCCCGUGGCCCAAGGUAAAGGCGAAUGAGGUUAUGCUGGCUUGGGAGAUGAACGGCGAGGUGUUGCCAAGGAUCCACGGCUAUCCCCUCCGCAUCGUGGUCUUUGGCUACAUCGGGGCCAGGAGCGUCAAGUGGCUGUACCGCGUCAAGGCCAUCAAGGAGCCCUCGCGAGCUCCCGUGCAGAGCAAGGAGUACCUAUACUUCCCGCAACAAGUGGGGAAGCACAACCUCAAGAUGACGGACGGUAUCCAGAUUCAGGAGAUGCCCGUCAGCUCAGCUAUUAUGUCGCCUUGGACCAAGCAGGUCGUCAUCCACAACGGCAAGAUCCGCUGCAAGGGCUGGGCCUACUCUGGGGGCGGCCGGUGGCCCGAACGCGUCGAACUUUCAGCUGACGGCGGCUUCAACUGGUACACGGUGCCCGUGGAGAACCUCUCCAAGAAGCGCCGCUGGACGUGGCGCACGUGGGAGUUCGAUCUCCCCUGCGACGUUGAGGGCUGGAUCGAGGUCGUCUGCCGCUGCUGGGACAACUCGCUCAACACUCAGCCCCCCGACGUCCGCACAGCCUGGAACUGGGGCCUGCAUGUCACCAGCUCAUGCCAUCGCAUCGCGCUGUACAGCGUCAACAAGACCAAACCGGCAACGAAGGCGCGCCUUGCCGAGUUGGAGGAGAAGGGCAUACCCUUUGGCCCAAUCACGGUUCCACUGGUGUUCCCGGCGCAAUCUUGGGACGAGUACGAGACAUACUGGGCAAACCAUGAUCCCCGUGACGCAGAAGAGGACUAG